AUGAUGCUUAAACAACGUCUCCAGCAGCUAUGGACUACGUGCGAGUGCUCUCGACGCGCGAAAAUUGGUGGCGGGUUUGUUCUCGGCUCUCAAAACGCUCGUAAUGUAUCGACUGAAAGCAACAAUGAAGAUUGGAGUGAUCUUAACAACGUUAUCAAGGAACUUCGCAAUAUAUCAAGAGAGAAUGGACUAGACGGAGCAAUGGUGGAUACGAAGCUACUAAAAGAGCUGGGAUACGGCGCAUUAGUCAUGGCGAUUCGUAAGAAACACGGUGGUAUUGUAGAGGUGGCGACUAGGAUGGGCGCGCAUAAAAAUCACCAGCUCGUCGACGUGCACAAGAAAGUGGGGGCACGCCUGAAACGCCGGCAACGACGAAAUGAGCGUCUUAGUCGACACGACUUUUAUAGUUGA